CCCUCUCGUUACCAAAAUUUGCACCGGGCCACACCAACACACUGGACCCUCCGAGCUAAAAAUCUUCGCCCUAACUGAUAUAUCGCCCGGUCCUCAGCCAUAACAUUUUGCCUGUUCUUCACCGGGAGAGGCUAAGAGAUAGAAAGAAAAGGGUUCGACGACGCACACCCUUAGCAAACACACUCCAAGAGUCACCGCAUCUUGCACAUCGAAACAAUGGCAUAUCAAGGUCCUCCGCCAGGGGGCUUCCAACCGGAACGGCACGACCUUCAGGACUAUCCACCAGUAGUUCAGGACGACAUAGCGGAUCACGAACGAGUCCCGUUGACGGGUGGAAUGCAAGAAGGUCCAUUCCUUGGCCCGUUUGACGAAUCUUCCUCGCGAGAAUCUACACCCGACGGAUUCCGCCACAGAAAGGACCUUUCUGGGCCCUAUUAUUCUGAACUGCAGUCUCCAAACCCUUCCACUCCCUCGCUCACAGUCCUGUCGGCCUCGGGCGCCGCUAGGCCCGCUAGUGUGGUUUCUAUGGAUGAGUGGAGGAGACGACAGGCUCCCCAGGGGCUCAGGAGAUAUGCUACGAGGAAGGUGAAGUUGCAGCAUGGGCAGGUGCUCUCUAUCGACUAUCCUGUGCCCUCAGCUGUGCAGAACGCAAUACAGGCGAAAUACAAAUCUACGGAUGCUGAUGCCGCCGCUAAUGAAUUUACUCACAUGAGAUACACUGCGGCAACAUGUGAUCCUGAUGACUAUACGCUCAAGAAUGGAUACGAUCUGAGACCACGGAUGUAUAAUCGACACACAGAGCUACUGAUAGCCAUCACUUACUACAACGAAGACAAAGUGCUCACGGCAAGAACUCUUCACGGGGUGAUGCAAAAUGUCCGUGACAUUGUUAACCUGAAAAAAUCGGAGUUCUGGUGGAAGGGGGGGCCGGCUUGGCAGAAAAUUGUUGUCUGCUUGGUUUUCGACGGUAUCGAUCCCUGCGACAAGAACACCCUCGAUGUAUUGGCCACUGUGGGCGUGUUUCAGGAUGGUGUUAUGAAGAAGGAUGUUGAUGGCAAAGAGACCACGGCUCAUAUCUUUGAAUACACCACCCAGCUGUCGGUGACUUCUCACCAGCACCUUGUCAGGCCUACCGACGAUGCGGAUAGCUCCGCUUUUCCACCGGUACAGGUAAUGUUCUGUCUUAAGCAACGGAAUUCUAAAAAGAUCAACUCCCAUCGAUGGCUGUUUAAUGCGUUCGGAAGGAUUCUGAAUCCGGAAGUUUGCGUGCUUAUUGACGCCGGUACUAAGCCUGGUCCCAAGAGUAUCCUUGCUCUUUGGGAAGCCUUCUACAACGACAAUAGCCUCGGUGGCGCCUGCGGUGAGAUCCACGCCAUGUUGGGUAAGGGGGGGCGAAACCUCCUCAACCCCCUUGUUGCGGCACAGAAUUUUGAGUACAAGAUUUCAAACAUUCUGGACAAGCCGUUGGAGUCGGCGUUUGGUUAUGUCAGUGUGCUCCCCGGCGCUUUCUCGGCCUACCGGUUCCGUGCCAUCAUGGGCCGUCCGUUGGAGCAGUACUUUCACGGCGAUCACACGCUUUCUUCUCGGUUCGGGAAAAAGGGUAUUGAUGGGAUGAAUAUUUUCAAGAAGAACAUGUUCUUGGCUGAGGACCGUAUCCUUUGUUUCGAGCUUGUUGCUAAGGCGGGUUCCAAGUGGCAUUUGACAUACGUUCGCUCGUCAAAAGGAGAGACAGACGUGCCGGAAGGAGCUGCAGAAUUUAUUUCUCAGCGUCGAAGAUGGCUGAACGGCUCUUUCGCUGCUGGUAUCUACUCGCUCAUGCACUUUGGUCGCAUGUACUCCAGCUCGCACAGCAUCAUUCGCAUGUUCUUUUUCCAUGUCCAAUUAAUCUAUAACAUUUUUUCGACCUUCAUGAGUUGGUUCUCGAUCGCUUCGUUUUGGCUCACAACAUCUGUUAUCAUGGACCUUGUCGGUGAUCCGACUGACGAGGAUAAGGAAAGGGGGAAACACGCUUGGCCCUUUGGCGAUACUGUUACGCCGGUCUUCAACGACAUGUUGAAGUAUAUUUAUCUUGCUUUCCUGGUUUUGCAAUUUAUCCUUGCUUUGGGCAAUCGCCCGAAGGGAUCCCGUCACAGCUAUCUUUUGUCCUUCUACGUGUUCUCGAUCCUUCAGUUUUAUGUUCUCGUGCUCGCCUUCUACCUUGUCGCCCGUGCCUUUACGAACCAGGAUUCCUGGUCGGAUUUGAAGGCGGAUUCGGUAGGGGAGUUUAUCAAGCAGUUCUUUACUUCGAAUACCGGUCUUAUUAUUCUGGCCCUGGUCUCAACUUAUGGUAUUUACAUUGUCGCUUCGGUAAUGUAUCUCGAUCCCUGGCACAUGUUACACAGUUUCUGGCAGUACAUAGUGAUGGCCUCGUCGUACACCAAUAUUCUCAACGUUUAUGCCUUCUGUAAUUGGCAUGACGUUUCUUGGGGUACCAAGGGAUCCGACAAAGCUGAGGCACUGCCCUCAGCGAAGACCAAGGUUGAGGGUAAAUCGAAGGUAAUAGAUGAGCCGGAGAAACCGCAGGCGGAUAUCGAUCUAGCUUUCGAGGAAACUGUAAAACGUGCACUAGCACCCUUCACCGCCGAGGAGGAAGUUGAGAAAAAGAGCCUCGAUGAUUCAUACAAGAGCUUCAGAACCCGAUUGAUCACCUUUUGGAUUUUUAGUAAUUGCACGGUAGUCAUUCUGUUUACUUCAGAGAACUUUGACUGGUUCGGUGUUGAUUCUACCAAGCGAACAGCAUGGUUCUUCCAGUUUGUCCUCCUCGCCACCGCCGCCUUGUCCCUCUUUAGGUUCGUUGGCUGUGUCUGGUUCCUGGGUCGUGCUUCCAUCCUUUGCUGUUUCGCUAGGCGUUGAUCAUUCACGCAUUCCUUCUCUUCGUCACAUCUCAUUAGUGCUCGGGUUCGGGGUUUUUUCUUGUUAUUCUUUCUUUUUUCUUCCUCUGGCACGGUAGUAAUGGGGGGCUGUCUGCGGGAAACGGGAUUCCUUUUUCUUCCUCUUUUUUAGCGCUUUUUCUUUUGUUUCUGAAAGGCCACUGGUGAGUGUGGCUAAUGAAGGGGAUAAAUUUGGCGAUAGGCUGUAUAUACCAUUGCAUAUCAAAUGUGAUUUUUUUUUUUACA